GGGCUUCAUGCCUCUUCACCAUGAGCUGGACAGUGGCCUGGGCUGGACUGAUGGCUCCCUUCACCAAGGGGACCUGUCAGGGCUGGAGACAGAAGAGGGAGGCCUGGACGACUGUCAUCCCCAUGGGAACCUCGCCGCAGCAGGGUGUGGGGGUUUUGGAGGAGGCGGCUCUCCCUCCUCAGAGUCCUUCAUCUCCUCAGAGCUCAGCGACUCGGGCUUCUACAGCGUGAGCACCGGGGAGUUCAGGCACUUCCAGAGGCUGCUGGAGAAGCGAAUGCGUCUGUACAAUGCAAGGAUGCAACAUCAGGGCGAACCGUGCGAGAGACGGGAGAGGCGGGACAGCUGUCCCAAGAGCCACCGGGAGCUGCUGGAGGCCAUCCCUGAGGCGCUGACCAUGCAGCCGCAGUGUCAGCACCUGCAGCACGGCAUGGAGGAAGGAGCUGGACCCAUCAUGGACGGCCCACCUCGUGGACUUUUCAGGGUUUCAUCCGUCCAGUUCCAUAAAGCUGACAGACCCUGUCUGAACCGGCACAGCUCCAGCAGCGGAGCGCUCUUCAACCCCUCCCAUGCUGCCGUUUCACGAAUGACCGCUCCAGUCCUCUCCACCUGCAGCACCCCCUCCAGCCAUCGACGACCACAAGUACCCAUGCAGCAGCAGUACCACCAUCAGGGCUCGAGCUCGGUUGGAGUGCUGAGGAGGAGCCGGACCCUGCACCAUCGCCCUCCUCCUCAGGAGUACCGCCGCCGUGCUAGCCACCCAGCAUCCCCUUCCUACUGCGCAGCAACGUUGCACUACUGUGGAGGCGUCACACCUCAAAACGUCCUGCCACCAGGCCUGCCAGAGGAAGGCGAGCUAGAGGCAGGUGUGAUGGCUUCCCGUCCGGCAGGCAUGGCUCUUUCCCCCCAGCAACAUCCAGCUGCUCUGGGACACAUCAGAGGUGCCAACAUCAGCGAGCGAUGCUACGACAACAGUGGGCAGAUCACUCGCAAUGACUGGUGGCACUCACAAGAACGAGGCUUGAUGCCCGAGCCCACCAUGACCGAACGGGAACGGGAGAUGGAACGGGAACUGGAACAGAAAAGACAAAUGCAAAAGGAGAAGGAGUUGGAGAGGGAGGCAAAGACUCAGGAGGAGGAGAGAGUGAGGCAGCAGGAGCUGGAAAGGAGCCGAGCCAGCGAGCAACAGCCUCUUCUGAGCCAUGUCCACCCUCCUCAGGCCGGAGACGUCAAUGACACGUGGCCCAAACCAGCCAGCCGUCAGUCCCACGGAGGUGGAGGAGGUAGAGGUCUUUACAGCACCUUGGAGGGCUACACAGGGGCCGGAACCGCUGUAGGCUGUGACAACAAGGGACAAGCGAGCGGGGCUUUGAGUCCUAAUCCCAGUUCUGGACUGCAGCCAAAACUCAAUCCAAGCUACAAACCUAGCGCAGCUUCACGGGUCACUAGGAGCCAGCUGCUCAGAGACCGGGCGUCUCAGCUGGCUGACGAGCGCAGCGGGAUGAGCACCGACGAAGAGACCAGCACCGACAUGCUGCGAGGUCGGUACUGGAGUCGAACAGAGAGGAAAGAACACUUCCUGCUGGCUCGCGAGCAACGGCAGCAGCAGCUGCUGGCCAGAGGUUUGACUGUACGAGACGGCAUCGGCAGGGGCGGCGCCUCAUUUGGAGAUGGAGGUGUACUGGAAAGUAGAGGAGUUGGACCUUUCGCAGAGGGACGAUGCAACACGGUGCUGGAACUGAGUCAAAGGAAGCUGAGUCGUCUGAGGAACAGAAAGCUGUUGGAUGACUGGACGACUGUAGAGGAGCUGCUGACUCAUGGGACCAGGCUGGACAAUCAGGAGGACAUGCUGUGUCCAAGCUCCCUGCUAACAGUCACCACUGUCUAACUGCAUGGAGAUGAUGUCUAACUGUAAUUCUGUUUGCAGGUGUGUGUGUGUGUGUGAUUUUAAACAAUGCAACCUUCUGUAGAACUACUUGUUCUGUCUUUCCCAGAGUUAGGUCAGAAGAUGGAUAUCAGCUAAAAUGGGCAUCAAUACAGAAAAAACUCGAGCAUAAUGAUGACUCCAGCCUAAACUCAUGUAAACUCUAAAAUUCUACAAGAAAAUUAGCAACUGAAUAAUCUUUUUUUAUAGCAGCAUUUUAAAAAAGACAGCCAGAUUGACAGUUUUGAGUUCCUUUAAAAAUGUUCUGAAUUAGAUGUCCUUCCCCCAAAGCACUUAAAUGAUAAAGCUUAUUAAAAAGAUUAAUAUACUUUUAAGAAGCAACAUUAAUCAAGCGCUUUACUUAAUUCUUAUAAGUUUUUGUCACCGUCACAGGGGGAUUGAACUCAGAAUGCAGACUGACUCGGGGAACUCUAUAGAUAAAACUUACUUUAAUAACAAAAAAAUCAAAAUGCAGAAAAAACUCACAUAAGCAGGAAAACAGAGAUAAACAAGAGGGGAUGAAGAUAAAUGGAGAGCCAGUACAAAGCAGAACUGAUGAGUGGAGCAGAGGUGAUUGGGAGAAUGGAAGCAGCCGGGUGAUUAGGAAGUGGGUGCAGCUGUGAGUGGCUGACUAAACUGAGGAAGCUGACUGAGGGUAAAAAUAAGAACUGGUAAAGGAAACACUGUGAGCAGAAAACAUAAGAAUCCUAAAGAACAGAAAUAAUAAACCACGGAAGGAACAAGACUAAAAUAUAAAUAAAAAAACUAAAUAAAACACCAGAAAAGCAUAAAUUACAACAGUUUUUUAAAUGAUAGUCAAAAUAAUAUUGGUUAUCAGUCACGCCGCUUGAUUGGUUUGAUCAAGAUUAAUAUAAAAUAAAUCUCUUUUACAUUUAUAUAAGGAAAAACUCCCAAUAACUCUUAUUUUUACAAGCAGAAUGAGAAUAAGUUAGAUUUAACUUGCUUCUUUGAAAAGAUUCAGUAUGUCCCUCUCUGCUGUGCUUCAGCUAGAGGUUGAAAUCAUUCACAGGGAUAUAAGAACCUGGUUACACCAGUUUGUUUUGUUUGGACACCAAUAAACUUUAGGGAAUACGAGAUAAAGUUAUAAUCUCAUUUUUAAAGUCAUCCUUUAGGGAUUUUCAAUUUCAGCUGCAUAAAUUCUUACCUGCUCAAAGUAUACC